CGCCCGGGCGCGGGGCCAUGGGGCGCCCGGGCCGGCGAGAGGCCCGAGCAGGAGCCCGGCGGGAAGUGGGGUAGAUGUGGAUUCCCAGUUCCCGCCCCGGCCGGCGCUCGCACUAGUCCGCACGAUGGGAUUGUGAGAACAGACCCUCCUGGGGGCUCCGGUGCAGCUUCACUCCGUGGACCAUGGGUGACCACAGACUCCCGGACCACGCCCAACCCGUGGAACUUCUCGACAUCUAUUUGGGAGGUGACCUGCAGCCCCCUCCAGGAGACUGCCCUCUGGGCCCUCCCAAACUGCCCGAGGACCAGACCUGGGCUGUGGACCCCGCCGGAGCCACCCGGCAAGAUGCUCCUCCCUGGAGCUCCGAUGUGGAGCCCUCACACCUGGGGAGCUGCUCCUCCCAGGGGGAGCCCAGGCAGAGCGCCGCAGCAUCCCCGGGGCCGUCUGGGGACAGCCGUGGUCUGGGGAGCCCUCAGCAGAACCGGAGCUCGUCCACCCAAGUGGUGUUCUGGGCGGGCAUCCUGCAGGCCCAGAUGUGUGUCCUGGACCUGGAGGAGGAGCUGGAGAAGACGGAAGGGCUCCGGGCCGGGCUGAAGUGCUGCCUGCCCCCUGCCCCUGCAGAGCUGCCCGGCCACAUGGACUUGCACCCCAGCCCCCCUGUGGGGGAGGACUCUGGGGAAGACAGCAGUGGGCCGGAGGAGGAGAAGCAGGCAUGGCCGAGGGAGGGGACCCCAGGCCUUUCGCCCGAGUGGGGUGCAGAGGAGGAGAGCGUGUUCUUCGACAACCCCCUGUUCCUGGAAAGCCCUGGCUCUGAAGCCAGUGCUUCAGGAGAGCGCUUCUCCUGGGGGUUCCCAGACCCCACCGCGGAUGUGAACUUGGGGCCCGACGGCCCACAGGCCCUUGAGCCGCCACUGCUAGGGGGCACCGUGGCUUGGGAGCUGGGGAGUGAGCCAGAGUGGGGGGAUCACGGUGCUGAACACGGUGGGCGCAACACCCCUCCGUUCCCGGUGCCCACCUACAAGCUGCACCCCUGCUGCACCUUCGAGGCCACCACCGAGGGGGCCGUCGCAGCGCCUUCUGGCCAGGAGGAGAGCCAGACUUCCCUGGACGACGGGCUGGGCCCUGCCUCCCCCACAGCACCCAAAGUAGACGAGAUGGUGACCUGGGAACCAGGAUGCCUCAGCUCCAACCUCGUCCCUGCCUCACAUCCUGUGCGACCUUGGGCCCCACCCAGCCCCGAGGGCUGUCGGAUGGAAGAGGGUCCCUCCUGGCAGCAGGUGCCUGUCUCCCAGGAGAGAGGUGAGAGGGAGGUUGGGCGGCCCCAGCCUCCUGCUCCCUGCACCGUGUUCCCCGGCGCCUGGGAGAGCCCAGCCUGUUUGCCAGAGCCCAGCUGCCCCGAGUCUGAGAGCACAGGCCCCGGGCCCAUGCCCAGCCUGGCGGCCUCCCAGGAGGCUGGCCCACAGCUCCAGUGCCAGGGCUCAGGCGCUUUGCCCAACUGCACACCGGAUGCCUCAGACUCUUUGCUCUUGGACACGGACGUGACAGAGCCGAGCUCCCUGAGGGAAGUGGAGGCAGGGGAGGCCGCUGACCCGGAGGAGGCAUCGAGGAGCAAAGACACGGUUAGCACUGCAGAGGCUGGAGGCGGCCCGCCCAGUGUGCCCUUGACUUCUGCCGAAAGGCUUCCCGAGAGCCCUAUGCCCCAAGCAGAGACCCCAGAGGAAGGCCAGAGGCCACUGGCUGGAGACAAACUGGCUAAUGGUGUCAGGACGGACAAAGUGGCCUGGAACUUGGCCUCUCGCCUCUACCGCCUGGAGGGCUUCCGGAAGUCUGACGUGGCUGCCUACCUGCAGAAGAACAAUGACUUCAGCAAGGCCGUGGCUGAGGCGUACUUGACCUUCUUCCAGUUUGGAGGCCAGAGCCUGGACCAUGCCCUCCGGGGCUUCCUCCAGGCCCUGGUGCUCAGCGGGGAGACUCAGGAGCGGGAGCGAGUCCUCUACCAGUUCUCCAGACGUUUCCAUCACUGCAAUCCUGGGCUCUUCCCCUCCGCAGAUUCCGUUCACACCUUGACCUGUGCAGUCAUGCUCCUUAACACGGACCUGCACGGACAGAACAUUGGGAAGAGCAUGAGCUGCCAGGAGUUCAUAAGCAACCUGCGUGGCCUGCAGGACGGCGGGAAUUUCUCCAAGGAGCUGCUGAAGGCCCUCUACUGGUCUAUCCGAAGUGAGAAGCUUGAGUGGGCUGUGGAUGAAGAAGACACAGCCAGGCCCGAGAAGGCCCAGCCGUCUCCCCCGGCUGGCAAGAUGAGCAACCCCUUGCUCCAGCUGACCCAGGACCCCGCAGCGCCCACCUACAAGCAGGGCAUCCUGGCUCGCAAGAUGCAUCAGGACGCCGACGGCAAGAAGACGCCGUGGGGCAAGCGUGGCUGGAAGAUGUUCCACACGUUACUGCGAGGGAUGGUUCUCUACUUCCUGAAGGGAGACAGCCACGGCCUGGAGGGGCAGAGCCUGCUGGGGCAGAUGGUGGAUGAGCCCGUGGGGGUGCACCACUCGCUGGCCACCCCGGCCACCCACUACACCAAGAGGCCACACGUCUUCCAGCUGCGGACAGCAGACUGGCGUCUCUACCUCUUCCAGGCCCCGACAGCCAAGGAGAUGAGCUCCUGGAUCGCGCGCAUCAACCUGGCCGCCGCCACGCACUCGGCGCCCCCCUUCCCCGCCGCCGUGGGCUCCCAGCGCCGCUUCGUGCGGCCCAUCCUGCCCAUGGGCCCAGCCCAGAGCUCCUUGGAGGAGCAGCAUCGAUCCCACGAGAAUUGCCUAGACGCUGCCUCCGACGACCUGCUGGACCUGCAGCGGAAGCUGCCCGAGCGGCGAGGCCGCGGCCGCGAGCUGGAGGAGCACCGCUUGCGAAAGGAGUACCUGGAGUACGAGAAAACUCGCUACGAGACCUACGUGCAGCUGCUGGUGGCCCGGCUGCACUGCCCCGAGGGUGACCUGGCCCUGUGGGAGGAGCAGCUGGGGAGAGAAGCUGCAGGCGCACGGGAACCCAAGCCCAGCCUGAAGAAGUCCCACUCCAGCCCGUCCCUGCACCAGGAGGAGGCCCCCACCACGGCCAAGGUGAAGCGCAACAUCUCAGAGCGCAGAACCUACCGGAAGAUCAUCCCCAAGCGGAACCGCAACCAGCUGUGAAGCCGAGCGAGAGCUGUGGAGGAACCUGGAGGUUCACUCGCCCCCCAGCCCCAGCUCUGUGGACCCUCAGCUGCCCCAGCCCCUGGCCACUCCCAGGGGAAGAGGGAAGUGGAAGACUUGGCUCUGCUCCCAGAGCCUGUCCCCUGUCGCCCUCCCUCCCCCAGAAUCCAGAGCGGCCUCAUUUCUGGGGCCUGUGCGUGGGCUCUAGGCCUGCAAGAGAGAGCUUGGGGCAGCAGCCAGGGGAGCCCCAGCCUGAGGUCAGCCUGGCAGUGGGAAUUAGGGGACCUGCUAGGGGAGGCCAUGGGAGAGAGUGGAGCAAGGGCCUCUAGGGAGCGCCCAGACAGCCUCUUGGGAUACAGGGAACAAGAGGUGGCUCAGGCCCUGCCCACCGAGGGGCAGCCUGCAGGCAGGGACCCUCAGGGGCUCCGUCUUGCUGCACAGACAAGGAGCAGCUGCCGCAGGCAGAGCCCAGGGGCUGGGGCCUGGGAGCUCGGGAACAGGAGGUCUUUGUCUCCUGGAGACACGAGGGGCUUCCCCAGGUUCAGACCACUUUGUGGGCAGAAUCCCCCAGCCGUGGAGAGGCGAGCAGGGUGGAGUCAGGCUGGAGACCAGACGAGACCUAGCCGGGCGCGGGAAACUCUGCCGGGCACCCCUCCCUCCACGGCCCUCAUAGCUGCAUUCCUCCCGGGGGCCAGGACCUCUUCCCUGCCCCAGCCCUGCUCCCUGCUCAGGCUCCAAGGGGCUUUGCAGCCCUCCCCCUGGGAAAUCCCCUGGUCCUGCCCUCUGGCUGCCUCCCAGAGCGGCCAGAUCUCUAGGGGAGGUUCCCGGCUGGAGGGAGCAGCCUCCUUUGUCUCUGUUCAGCCAAGUGUGCCGGAGGAGGAGGCUGGCUGGCCGCUGCCUGACGCACUGCCUCCGUGGGCCCAGGGGGAGGUGUGUGUGAGGCAUGCCGGCCGGGCCACCUGCAGAGUGGCAGGCUCUGUGCCCCGUGUGCCCCUGUGCCUGUGUGUGUGAGCGCGAGGCACAGGGCGGUGGGCUCACGAAGCUGGGUGGAAGCAGAUCUCUUACCCCUCCACCGGUUUAUUUCGUGCCUGUGACAAAGCCUUAUUGAGGGACCGGAGAGUUAAAUGUGCGGUGACAGCCGCGCCUGUGGGUUCCCCACUGUCGGCGUAAGACCAGCACGGGCCUUUGCUGGGGAACACGCUAAAAAGCACGUCUCUCCCCGCCCCUACACCCCGCCGCAGCCUCAGGCUCCCAUCCAGCAGCCUGUAGGGAGUGGCCAGGUGUGUUAACAGCUCCCUGGGGAACUGAUGUGUAGCAGCCACUAUAGCGUUCCAUGGCCUCACUUUGAGGGGUGAAUUCUAGCGUGAGGUGGAUAGGACCAGAUGUCUACAGGGUCAAGUGCCUUUCACUGGGUUAACUGAACCUCGCUGGACUUGUGUGACUCUUCCUUUUUAACUUUUAUUUAUUUAUUUGAGAGGCAAAAAGAUAUCUCCCAUCUGCCAGUUCCCUCCCAACAUGCUCACAACGGCCAGGGCUGGGCCAGACCGAAGCCGGGAGCUGGAGCUCAAUGCGGGUCUCCACUGAGCCAUCACCUGCUGCCUCUCAGGGUGCACAUUCACAGAAAGCCGGAAUCAGGAGUUGAACCCGGGCACAUAGAUGUGGAAGGUGGAUGUCCUUAACCAGUGUCUGCAGUGCCCGUCAUUCCUAAAACCAGAUUAAAAGGUGGAGGUUCGUUCUGAUUGUGUGUGUGACGCUCCCGUGCGCCUUUGCUCGUGCAGGACAGUGCCUCCCCUCCACCUGGGCAUGUGAAGCCUUCAGAGCCAGGGUACCCCAGGUGCCUAAGCUCACCAGUCAGUGCUGCCCAGGCACCUGCCUGGAGGGGCCCCAGGGAGGUGGAGACUCCGUCGUUGAGGCUGCAGUUAGGACGCAUGGCCACUGGAGGGCGGGCUUGCAUCUUCCUAGUUCCCCCUGCUCAGGUGUGUGGCUGCAAAGCGCCUGUUCAUAGAAAGGAGGUGGGUCUGUGUGCCCCUGUGCCGUCCGGGACCAGUGCCUUCCACUUCCCCAAGUCUAUGGUGGCUCAAGGCCAGGACUCGCACUGUGUGGGGGAAACCCCUGCCAAGCAAAGGUUGGGCCUCUGACAUCCCUGGCCUCCUUCCCCUCCUUGUCCAUAACAGAAGGUGACAGCCAGGGGUUCUUGGUGCCGAGCUGGAGCUUCAGGA